AUGUCAUCCAGAAAAAUAAAUCAGGGAACAUUUCAAUUUCAUACGGCGGGUGAAAUUUAUUAUAAUAUUAUUGCCGAUAAAUUGAGUAGUUUCAAUAAUAGUAAUGAACGUCGUUUAUUUCUUGUCUCUCAUUUUCCUUAUGAGACAAAUUUUACUCCAAUGUUUGAGAUGACAUGGCUCAUGCAAUGUUUAACAACAUUUCUUGCAACAGUCACCUAUGCGGGUGUACAUGGAUUUUUUGGAAUUUUAAUAAUCCACCUGUGUGGACAAUUUGCAGUAUUAAAAUAUCGUUUAAUUAAUGUCAUUGAGGAAAUUGUCAAUAAAAAAUGUAAAAAACAAUUUCAAGAGGAAUUCGCUAUUAUUGUUCAAAGAAAUCAACAACUUAACAGAUUUGUCAUUGCAAUCGAGGAAGCAUUCAAUAUGUUACUUUUAGUUGAAAUUCUCAUUAGCACUAUUGAAUUUUGUCUCCAGGCAUUCCAACUUAAUGUUAUCAUCGGCAAAAGUAAGGAUGAAUUUCCUUUAAUUCCAAUAGCAAUCAUGAUUUUAUUUAUUGCCUACAUGUUGGCAGUAUUCUAUGUUUAUUGUUCCGUUGGCGAACAAUUGAAAUAUCACAUACCUAGAUUGAUUGAGUGGAGAACAAAGGGACGUGAAAAAUUUAAGGAAGCACUUUCGUGA